AGAGAUUAUCAAGAAUCGCUCGCAGUUUAAUUCUGAACUCCACCGCAGAAGCAAGCUAUUUGGUUGGUUUCGAUAUGUACCACAGUAGCUGGAUUAUUUUCUUAAAAUUGUGUGCCUGUGUCGUUUUGACAAUUAUCGCCCACGGCAGCUGUAGUUCAACAAAUGUGCCAGCUUUGAAAACUCAAUUCCACAACAGAAUUUUAAAGAGACGAACGCGAUCUUUGGUCUUUCCUAAAAAGGCAUCGCUACUGCUGACCCCAGUCUUUUCGAAGGCCGUCCUUGGUGGCAUACCUCGGGGGCUUAUAUACUCAAUGGAAUUCGACAUGUACCAUCCGCUACCGGACACAGUGGAGGGCUGGCAGCCCACAAUACUCUUGAAUCAAAUUGGGAAGAAACAAAAACUCGAUGGAACCCCUUCAAAAUUUCCGGGAAACAGCGACAGUGACAUGGAUUCGAAAACAGUGCCACAAAACGAUGAUGGCCCUAGUGAAGCUCAUCAUUUCGUCCCUGUCUACGACGAUGUUGAAUACGCAACCAGUCCUUGGGCAUAUUAUAAUACAAGCAUUGCCAUUGAUCCUAGUCAAUUGUUCUCGCAUCCUUACAUCGAGAGAUCAUCCGAAGCCCGUUCUCAUUUUCGGCAAUUUCACAAUUUCUUAUCCCCUCGCAGAAGAGUAAAGUUUCCUCAGAACAGAGCCGGCGAACGCCACCAACAGUUUGAAGAGGAUGAUAGGCGGACACUGUGGCAUAGGAAUCAGAACUAUCGCGAAAGAAGGCAAAUAUUCGAUCAACUCGAAAAGCUUGGACAAUUAUUUCAAAUCAAUAUGAAGUCCUGCAUUCAAAGGGCCAUGUGUGAAAUGACAACCCAACUGCCCCCAUUCGGGGAAUCCCUUAUGCACGACAUUAUGAGAAUAAUACUAACUGUUCCGAAACCGUUGAAUAUCUCAAGCCGCAAUGACGACGACGAUCUCGAUGGCUACGGUCGCGAAUAUACCAAUGCAAACUGUGCACUUAGUUUUUCAGCAUCGUGCCCCUACCCCGUGUUACCUUUCCUCAUAAAAGGAUUCAACCGAUAGUUACUGCAUCACGAAAUAGAACUUUAGUAUAAUUCCGUACAUUUAAAUGAACGUACCAAGGCGAAUUAAAUGAGGUCACACAGGAGACGAAUUCAGACCUAACCCUUUUCUGCCUGCAGGCGGUUUUUUCGCGUAAAAUCCAUUUGUCAACAGUGAAUCACCCUUCACUUUGUCACCAGUACUACUGACCGAUAAAGUAUUGGUUGUAUGCGCUAGCCAUUCAGAAGUCACUGGUGACAUUGUCAAUAGUAAGUCAGUAGUUUUUCGGAAGAAUACUACGGCAUUGGAACUAGUGCGUCAGUAGUUUAUUUCACAUACAAAUUCACAUACAAACCCGCCAACAUUUGAUUUUCUGAAACCAAGAAAUUAAUUUUAAAACCUAAUUACAACAAAGCAUUUGGACAGUAAUGUGGGUAGUCAGAGGGCUCCCUGUGUGACCUGUUCAUAGGUCGCGUGGUACGUACGAACACCGAAAUAUAUUCUCAUGGUCAACUUUUUUACUUGAAGCGAAAUAUCAAAACAUUUCAAAAUCGUUCUAUUGCUCGGCAAUUUCACUGAGUUCAUGGUAUUUAAUUCGAAUUUCUUAAAGCGCAUAAAAGUGGAAUUGUUAAUUAUUUGUAGAUACUAACCUUACAGUAAAACUAAAAAUAGCUUUCAAAUAAGAUUGUCUUCUUUUAGUGUCACUAAAGAGCGUGUGUGCCAUUUUCAAUGAUAGAAUAUAGUACAAGGGACAUCUGCAAAACCACUCUGUCCAUAUGUUACGGGAAAGGAGAAAGAGUAACGGUGUCCACAUCAUAUGACAAUCAUUACUUAGUUUUUUUUUUUUUUUUUUUUUUUUGAUACAGGAAAAAUUGCAAUAAGGAUAAUCGCAGUUGAUUUUUGCACGUUCUGAAGCAGAGCUUUUAAACGAUGUUGUUUAUAGCAUCGAAAGAUAACUUCACUUAACUUAUCGGACGGGUGCGUUUCGACAGUACAUAGUUUGACAACAUCUCUCGAGACUUGAAAAGGCUGUCCGCAGGAUGUCU